AUGUUCUAUCUUAGCGAGCUCAAACAUACAGUGAGAGUGCCUCCGCAUCUCCUUAACCUCCCACUCGAAGAUGCCAUUAAGUCGGUGCUUCAAAAUGUGUUCUUGGACAAGGUUUUGGCAAAUUUGGGCCUUUGCGUAUCAGUUUACGACAUCAAAUCAGUAGAAGGAGGGUUUGUUUUACCCGGAGAUGGUGCUGCGACCUAUCAGGUAGGUUUUAGAAUUGUGGUGUUUCGUCCAUUUGUUGGUGAGGUCAUAUCUGCAAAGUUGAAAGAAUCUGAUGCCAAUGGCUUGCGCUUAACACUUGGAUUCUUUGAGGAUAUUUAUGUGCCUGCUCCAUUUUUACCGACCACCUCCCGCUGUGAAGCUGACCCUUAUAACAGGAAUCAAAAGAGAUGGGUGUGGGAACAUGAUGGCCAAGACUACGAUAUUGACGAUUCCUGUCAGAUCAAGUUUCGAGUUGAGAGCAUCAGCUAUCCGACAGUCCCAAUUGAGCGAGCUGAGGACGCAAAGCCUUUUGCUCCUAUGGUGGUCACUGGGAAUUUGGAUGAUGAUGGUUUGGGACUUGUUUCUUGGUGGGAGGAUUUUGAUGUGAUUGAUCCAGAAGCGUGUGAGACCGAAGACUGA